AGCAAACCAAGCAAACCAAGCAAGUCAGUCSAUUGAAGUCAAGAUACAUACAGAACAAAACGAAGCUGACAUCUUAGUAUUUUCAGCACUACACCGACGUCAAACCAAUUAUAUUUAAAGGAAUACUGAUGCAAGUAAUGCAAGCAACCCAGUAAUGGCGUACCCAUUUUUCGUCCCCGAUCACUUUAUCACUUCUCCACCAGAAGARCACUUGGAGAAAGGCUUGGUUAAAUACCUGGUCGUACGAGGUGACGAUGUCCAGUGCUUCUCCUACCAGUUCGUCCAGGAYAGUCUUUUGUUGCAGUACCUAAAGCGCAGAUUCCGUGACAACGUGCUAGAUAAGCUAAUGGUGGUGUGCUUUCUACCGCGCGGUCGAUCAGACUGGAAAUAUGUCAUGGACAUUCUGAAUCGCGGAGUGUGUCUUGACGGAGCGUGCUAUCGAUUCUUGGGUCACUCGGARUAUCAACUAAAAGAGAARACGUGCUACCUGAUUAACUAUUCAGACCUGGUUAUUUACGAUACCUUAGCCAGGUUUAUUGAUUUCACACAUGUAAGAAACCCACUGAAGCGCGCUGAUGCUGUYAAUCUGCUGUUCACGGGUUUUGAGACGACGUUGUCCCUUGAUGAGAAAGAGAUGAUCGAGAUCCCUGACAUACAGAAAGGAAGRCACAACUUCACCGCUGGCUGCGGUUUUAUGUCUGAACAGUUUUCCGCAGAAAUCCAGUUGGCUGAGCAGCUGCAUUUUGCUCCGAGUGUAGUCUCGGUGAUCUACCAAGGCUCGAGUGGUGUACUUGUCGUGCGAACGGAUUUGCGCGAGUCGAAAAUUGAAUUCCGUGAAUCGAUGAAAAAAUUCACCAUCGCUGAUAUUGAACUUCGUGAAAAGUUAAACACAUUUGCGGUGUUGGACUAUUCUCGACCUUACACCAAUGGSUAUCUUAAUUUACAAAGUGUGAUGCUAUUGGCUGAUCGAGGUGUGCCWCAUGACUACCUCAAACAACUGCAGGAGGAUUACUACCUUAUGCUGGAUAACCUCUGUACAAACAGAUCGCGGGCRGCRUAUUUCCUACGAACGACAGGGAACACGGAACAGCUUCGGAUUCUGCAGAUYACAGGCUUAAAGGGAAUCCAGAAAGAGCUUGAGAAACUCAGAGAAGUAGAAAUUGAAAACAUGAAACAGUGCGACAAAAUCGAAGGCGGAAGAAAUCUACACAACCCGUACUACGGGGUUAAAACGAAUUUACGAAUUCUGGUACCCAAAUCCCGUAUAGUGUACGGCGUUUGUGACCCGUACGARAAACUCAAGUACGGUCAAUGUUGGUUCAACCCUACAAUGUCCGAAGAAGAAGAAGGGGAGUUUGAAGAAGUAGACAAGGUUGUCGUCAUGCGCUAUCCAAGUUAUUCUCCCGGCGACAUCCUCAUCUUAGAAGUGCAGAAAGAUCUAUCCGAAUACGCGCACCUUAAAGACUGUCUUGUAUUCCCGGUACGAGGUGGAAAUCCCCAUGCCCUGGAGUGCGGAGGUGGGGACUUGGAUGGUGACAAGUUCUUYGUCRUAUGGGACAGGAACCUUAUACCAGAGCRCAAUGCGUCACCUCAUAAUUAUGGUCCUGGUCCCUUAGACCACGUGGGGAGCCRAAUCUCGGAGUCGUUCGAAGAAACAUUCGGCGGGUUCGGAAGUCGAGUCUGUCAACAGGCACGAGAAAUGUUGCCUUAUGUUUUUGGCAGUGACGAGAGCCAUAAACGUCGAAUGAAGGUCGCGGCAAUGCAAGAGUUGGGUGAAUAUUUUGCAGAGUAUAUACCCGACAUAUAUUACAAGUUUGAUGCCGUCUAUAUGAGCUAUGCCUCYACUCUGGGGCCAUCCAGUAACGAAUGUCGCAAGCUACACAAACUCUACGCUGAGGUCCUAGCAGGUGUGGGAAAGAAAGAAGAGUUUCAAAACACUCUCGAGAARUAUGAAGACGAAUACGCGGUGUUGAGAGAGUUCGGUGUACAAGAAGCAAGCCUACCUUCUCAAGCUGUUCAAGGUCUUCUCGUUCACACAGGAAUUUCCAAAGCUCCUUUUCAACGUGGUGAUGAUGUGUGGGRAAAAAUGGAGCGACGAGCGAAAGAGUUUCUAGAUCAUUGCUAUUAUAACUCUCAGUAAUGUGGGAUCAGACUUUUGACUUUUGUUUUGAAGGCAGGGUAUUGAGGGCAGCUCCAAAUUCAUUAUAUCCUUGGGUAUUGCUUUAUUGUCUUCAUGCCUGCGUGUCUUGCAACACCAAGAAAGAGUUGAACUUGCAAAUCUUAAUGCGUUUCGAGUUACAAAACCAUGCAAUGCUGCUCUCGUCACACUGUGCAAUUUUCUCAGCAAUUUGUCUCGCAAUGAAAAUGUAGCGUUGCAAGUUGCCGAGAUGAGGUGUAACCACUGCAACGCGAUUUCAGCAACUUGCAACAACUUUUUGGCUGGCUCGAGAUUCAAGAGAUGCAUGCGCAUGCGCUCUUGAAAAAUAGCCUUAACGCAUUGCGAGAAACGUUGUUAGAGGGGUGAUACACUGCGAUAGCGGUUGUCAGUUGCAGUUCUACUUCUGGCAACGCUACGCGCAACAUAAAAUUGCAAAGUGUAACAUGACCUUAACAAACUUUCUUUGCCAAAGAGUAAAGGCUCUCGUUGUCCUAGCAUUAGUUUCACAAGAAAUUUCUCUGUUUAUAUCUGAAUUUCUUCUUGAAACUUCCGUUCCAAAUAAUUUCAGUUGAACAUUUCACCGCGUAACAUAAUAUUAACCGUGUAUGCUCUAAAAUCCUGUUUACAAUGUUACGCGGUAUAAACGUACGUCACUGAUUAUGAUUGUUUUUCCAGUGAAAAUACUAUUAAGCYAUCACGAACUGACAGAGUGGAUCAACAUAAAACUGGUUUAACCUGUUUUGAAACAGGUGGUACAAAUUUCUACUGAACCAAAUAACUAUCCAUCCCCAUUCAAGUUGUAAACUGGUAGAUUGGCAAAUCACCAAAUCAUGUUUUUCAUGAACAGUCUCGUUUGCCUUGCAUUAKUCUAGUUCUAGAAUAUUAAAUUCCUCUGGAUCAUUAGUGUUGCUACGUUACUGCAGUCUAUGUACCUGCUACUAGUGAUAUCUGAAGUAAACAGAAUACAAGAAAGGUGUAGAUAAGUGACUAAUUUUUCGGUCUCAAGGCAAGCUUUUUCAUUCAAUUCCUAAAUUUUAAGUUUCUGCUGUGUUAAAUAUUGUAAUUAUGUCGUUUUCGGUGCUGUUCAAGCGUUUAAAACUCUUUGUCAACAUCAUAAUUUGAGCUCCAUGAAUUUCAAUCGACUGUUUAUCGUGAUGUUUAUGGUAAUUAUUGUCGAAAUUGUUUUACCGUUUCGCAUCGAAAAUUAUAACUUAAUUGUAAAUAUUCAACGGUUAAAUACUGAAUAAAAAGGUUAAUACAGUCA